AACAGCGGAGAAGAGACGAGGCCUGGCCUGGGAAUUUGCCGUCCGCUUCCCAUUCUUCCUAUGCAGACAGACACACAACAUGGCGGACUAGGAUAGUCGGCCGACGCGCCCGGAUACAGAGGAUAAACCGUGGGAUUUAACACCUAGGGCGGUUUAGAAAGUACCCGCGUAAGGGCCGAUAAAUCAGGCCGAAUCAAGGAUUUUUCUCCGGGGGGGAGCUGUUCCUGCCUGGAUUAAGCACAUUAACUAACUGCGAAGUGUUGGCCGUGUGUCCCGGAUCGUGCUUCCCUCCUCUGCUAUCGCCCAGGUCCCCCCCCCCCCCCCACCCCGCGCAGACUCUCGGUUCCUGGGGUGCGUAGACUGGGGCCGGGGUUGAAAAAAAACGUGGAAGCGAAGAAGGGGUAGAAAUUCCCACUUGGCUUCACUUGUUUGUUCCCUUUCAGGCUUCCUCUGGACGAUAAAGAGUUGUGGACCGCGCGGUACGAAUGAGUGAUUGAUGCUAACUUCGCUUCUUCAGGGCAGAAUGGGUGUGUGUCCCCUGCUCCUGCUGCUCGGUCUGGCCCUCAGGGCCACGGCCCAGGAUCAUGUCCCUAUCACAAGUCCGCCAGAUAUCUCGGCCAGACCUACCGGGCCCCCUGCUGCGCCCUCCCUCAACUUUACAGUCGCACCCACACGGCCCCCCCCAGGCCCACCCACAACGCUCGACCCCACAGUCACCCCGGUGACAGCGAGAACCGCAGAAACCACCACAAGCCCCGCCGGCGAGGUACAAGCGGUCGGUCGCAACGCCAGCGGGCGGCUGUUACCAGUCCCAGCUCCUUCCCCUCCAGCCCCGAGCGAUGCCCCCCAGGCGCCAGCGAGCAACGAGCCCCCCUCCCCUCCCACCCCUGCUGGGGUAGGCAACGGCACCACCGGCGUCCCUACAGACACCCCGGCUCCGGAUCAUUUUUGGGAUGGAUUAUUCACCGUGGAUCCGGACACCACCACGGAGCCUGGAAUGGGGUUCACCUCAGACACCAGCCCGCACGACAACGACCAGUCUGAUGACAUGCCCAUCAUAGCUGUCAUGGUGGCCCUGUCCUCCCUGUUGGUCAUCAUCUUCAUCAUCAUCAUCCUCUACAUGCUCAGGUUUAAGAAGUAUAAGCAGGCGGGAAGCCAUUCAAACUCCUUCCGACUGACCAAUGGUAGAUCAGAUGAUACAGAACUCCAGAGCGUCCCGCUAUUGGCCCGGUCGCCCAGCACAAACAGGAAGUACCCGCCCCUUCAUGUCGACAAACUUGAGGAAGAAAUGAACCGUCGCAUGGCAGAUGACAACAAGCUCUUCAGGGAGGAGUUUAAUGCGCUGCCGGUGUGCCCCAUUCAGGCAUCAUGCGAUGCUGCUUCCAAAGAAGAGAAUAAGGAGAAGAACAGAUAUGUCAACAUCUUGCCUUAUGAUCACUCCAGGGUGCAUCUGUCGUCUCUGGAGGGAGUGCCAGACUCUGACUUUGUCAACGCCUCCUUCAUAAAUGGUUACCAAGAGAAGAAUAAGUUUAUUGCAGCUCAAGGGCCUAAGGAGGAAACGGUAAAUGACUUUUGGCGGAUGAUCUGGGAGCAGAACACAGCCACCAUUGUCAUGGUGACCAAUCUGAAGGAGAGAAAAGAGUCACCCGCUCUGUUUCAGUGUAAGUGUGCCCAGUACUGGCCGGACCAGGGCUGUUGGACAUAUGGGAACAUUCGUGUGUCUGUAGAAGACACAAUGGUUCUGGUGGACUACACCAUCCGCAAGUUCUGCAUCCAACAGGUGGGAGACGUUUCUGGGAAGAAGCCCCAGAGGCUCGUCACCCAGUUCCACUUCACCAGCUGGCCAGACUUUGGGGUGCCGUUCACCCCUAUUGGCAUGCUCAAGUUCCUCAAGAAAGUCAAGAAUUAUAACCCCCAGUACGCCGGGGCCAUUGUGGUCCAUUGUAGUGCCGGUGUCGGGAGGACCGGUACGUUCAUUGUGAUCGAUGCCAUGUUGGACAUGAUGAACUCCGAGAGAAAGGUGGACGUGUUUGGCUUCGUCACCAGGAUCAGAGCCCAGCGCUGCCAGAUGGUCCAAACGGAUAUGCAGUACGUGUUCAUCUUUCAGGCAUUGUUAGAGCACUACCUGUACGGAGACACAGAGCUGGAGGUGACUUCACUGGAAUCCCACCUGGCCAAACUCUACUCCCCCUCACCUGGAGCGGGCUGCAAUGGGCUGGAGGCCGAAUUCAAGAAGCUGACUUCCAUCAAGAUUCAAAAUGACAAGAUGAGAACCGGCAACCUACCCGCAAACAUGAAGAAGAACAGAGUCCUACAGAUCAUUCCAUACGAGUUCAACAGAGUGAUCAUUCCAGUCAAACGAGGAGAGGAGAACACCGACUACGUCAAUGCCUCCUUCAUUGAUGGCUACCGUCAGAAGGACUCCUACAUGGCGAGCCAGGGCCCCCUCCAGCACACCAUAGAGGACUACUGGAGGAUGAUCUGGGAGUGGAGAAGCUGCUCCAUAGUCAUGCUCACUGAGCUGGAGGAGAGAGGGCAGGAGAAGUGUGCUCAGUAUUGGCCCAGUGAUGGCGUGGUGGUCCAUGGGGACAUCGCCAUUGAGAUUAAAAGGGAGGAGGAGAGCGAGAGCUACACAGUGCGUGACCUCCUGGUCACCAACAACAGGGAGAACAAAGCUCGAGCGGUGCGUCAGUUCCAUUUUCAUGGCUGGCCAGAGGUGGGCAUCCCCACUGACGGCAAAGGCAUGAUCAACAUAAUUGCUGCGGUGCAGAAACAACAGCAGCAGUCUGGCAACCAUCCAAUUACCGUGCACUGCAGUGCUGGUGCUGGCCGGACGGGGACCUUCUGUGCGCUAAGCACGGUCCUGGAGAGGGUGAAGGCGGAGGGCAUCCUGGAUGUCUUCCAGACGGUCAAGAGCCUCAGACUGCAGCGACCACACAUGGUGCAGACAUUGGAGCAAUACGAGUUCUGCUACAAAGUGGUCCAGGAGUAUAUCGAUGCCUUUUCUGACUACGCCAACUUCAAGUAGGGACCUGCCACGGAUGGAUGGAUGGAUUUCUGCAUACACUUCAUGCAAACAUAUGCACGCACCAGAACACACAUAUACAUUGCCAUGCUGAAAACUGCAUAUUCCCAUCUGAUGGAUUUAAAAAAAAAAAAAAAAGAAGUUUAAAAAAAGUCAUCACAACUUUAUCUGUGGAUGGGACAAACUGCCCGCAGGGAAAGUGGUCAGAGGCCUCGGCCUGGAGGACAGGACAGCGCAGAUGGGACAGAUGACUGCGAUGCCUUCUUGAAUAUUUUGUAAUAUUGAUCUUGUUAUUAUAGCCCUUUGCACCUAUUUUGCUUUCCAUCUUCCUCCAACCUCCCCCAUAUGUAUAUACACUUGAGGUGUUGCAUCUUAUUACUUUGGGUUCAGACACAGUUUUGAGUUUGGCUGCAUUUUCGGGUGGCACCUGUAAUGUACUUUAUUAAAUAUAAAUCUAAUCAUUUGGAGGCUAAUGUAAAAAGAAGAAUUGAAGGUCACGGUGAUGAUGUUUGGAUUUAUUUUUAUUUUUUGAGAUAGAGACUUUAAAUAUAUUUGGCUUGAACAGAGCCCUGCUGUGACAACAUGAGUUUUUAGCCGACUUAGAACACUUACAGACGUAAUCAGGCCUUUUCACUCCUAGACAUUCGUACAUUACAGUUUCAGAUUUCACUCACAAUGAUGUGAUGUAUCUGACAAACUCAGGUUAAUGCCAAAACAAACAUCAUUUUUUUUCCUGUGUUUUUUUUUUUUUUUUUUUUUUAAACUAGCAUUGGCUGACAGAAGACCCAAUUUGUUUUCACAUCACGGUCGUCUGUCUACAGGAGGCCAAAGUCCUUCAGUCAGAGACCACGUUUAGAGAUUUAGGACAAGAAAGCAAUUUUACUGCUCAAGGAUCUGUAGCCAACACACUGCUUGACUACAAUAAGACAUUGGAAAUAUGGAAAUAAAUACCAAUCUUUUAAUACAUUUUUAGGAAUAUUGGUCAAGAUUUUAUGUUGAAUUUAA